GCUGUAGAAUGAGGAAGUUCCUACGGUAUGAUAGUGGGUUCUUCAAGCGUGCUUCUUUCUCCACGUCCGUUCUCUGACAGAUGCCAGAAUCGACACACUGAAGCGGUCUGUUGACGGGACGAUAAACAGCUUCUUCGCCUGUGGCAUAGCAGUCUAUAGUGGACUGAGAUCAUUUCAUUUCGCUAUGGGGGCAUCUUCUUCCAGUCUGCUGGAUGAGACUAAAUCCAACUACAUCAGAGGUCGUGCGGAGUCCGAGCUGAAGAACUUCAGUCCCCACUACAGGCAGCAGUACUUUGUAGCCUUCUUCUCUCAGCUGCAGGAGGAGGUGGAGCAACACAAAGAGACACACACUCAGCUCCUUAAACAGAGGGAGCCCCUUAGGCCAGAGGAAGUUCUGUAUCAGGACAGUGUUCUGCACUAUGACGACACCGGGAAGUGGAAGGAGAGGUUUGUGGUGAUGAGAGCCAAUCACAGCCUGGAGUGUCAUGACAACCAGGAGAGCUUCAGUAAAGGUGUUCCGGCCAGACAGAGACUCCUGCCAACAGGGGGCGUAGUUCUGACAUCAGAGGAGAAGUACACAGCGCUGGUGGACAAGGCCUUCCCUGACCCUAAAUGUUUGAAGGAGGAGACAUCUCCCCCCAUGGUAGUGGUACCUUCUGGUCAGUUCCCUGUCUACCUCAGACUGCCCUACAGACGUGACGUGUACUUUAGCUUCCCCCAGGAGGACCGACGAGCGACCUUCCUCUCCAUCCUCACGGGCUGCAUCAGGCACCAGAACCACGAUUCUCUGAGGAGGUCUUCCUGUGAGUCUCAGGCGUUCCUCAAGGCCAUACAUUUCUACCGUCAGGAGAAAGGACACUAUGAGUCCUGGGACAUGCUGCUGGGCUGUGAGGAGCAGGUCCUCGCCAAUCUGGUUUUGGAGGAGCUACAACCCUCUCUACAGACAGAACUGCUGGCCAGACUAAAGGGAAAGAAAGCAGGGAGGAAGAGAGUCUGGUUCACCACGUUGGAAGCCGCGUACCACCUGGUCCAGGAUCAGCUGAGGGAGGGUCUGAAGGGACUGAAGGAGGAGUGUAAAGAGACAGCCAGGUCUCAUGAAGCUCUGCUUCGCUCUGAUAUGGACCAGAUAGCCAGUUCUAGAACCUUCCUGCAGGCCAAGCUACAAGCCUCCGUCAGUGAUCCAGCUGCAAAGUUCUGCAGUGAGAACGUGUCUCCGUACCUGGCGUCCAUCUUGGAAGAGCUGAUGUCUCCGGUGACGGGGGGCUUCCAGGGGGUCCGGCUUCUCCUGGAGGGGGAGAUAAACACUCUCUGCCUGGGCUUCCCCGAGGGAGCGGGGCAGGAGGGGUUAAACCAGGCGCUGGGUCAGAUGUGUCAGGCAAGUCUGGAAGAGUGUUACCAGAAAGUGGAGGUCCUGACAGAACAGCUUCAGGAACUCAGGCAUCGCUUCAAGUUCUCCAACUCAGUUCGUCUGAUCCACUGCACGCAGAUAGACAUGCAACAGCUGAUAGAGAAUGCCGUGUACACCUUUAAAUUGCUCCUCCAGAGCUCACUGAAAGACAACUCUUCCAAACUCACCUCAGCCAUGGAGAAAGCAAAGCUCAGAGUCCUCAAGCAAUAUGACCAUGACAGUAGCACGGUGAGGAAGAGGAUCUUUCAGGAGGCUCUGGUUGACAUCACCCUUCCUGCUAUCAGGAGGAACCUGGCUCCGGCACACAAACCGGACCUGCAGAAGUUGGACCAGUACAUCUUUGCUGAUUACACCAACUUCAUCAAAGUGGAAAACGUUUAUGAAGAUAUUCUACUGAACAUUCUGACCAUCGAGGUGGACAAAGUGGUGAAAGAAGCUGCCAGUCUGAGGAAGAACAACUUGAUGGUGGACAGUACUGACCUGCAGAGUGUCAGCCAGAGCAGCCUGACAGAGAGUCGAACCCCUCCCCUCUCCGCCCCCGCCAGCCCUGCCGAGAUGGCUGUCUCUGGGCUGAGCAGACAGGCCGAGCGGGCACCUUCUCCCCUGGUGCAGAACUUGUCUUCUAGCGCUGGGAGGCUGGAGGUGGAAGGUGGCCCAGUGGUCCCAGAUAUGGCUGCCCUCACUCCUCCUGUCAUUGUCAUAACUCCACAAAGUGAGGCUCCAGACCCAGAUCCAGCCCCACUCUCACUCCCAGCCCCAGCACAUAUACUUACCUAUACUGCUGAUGUCUCUGUAGCAGAGCCUGAUACCCCUUCACCUCUACCUGAUACCCCUUCACCUCUACCUGAAAUGUCCUCUGCUGAAAGUGAUUACCCCUCUGGUGCUGCCUCAACCAAACCUGAUGCUUCCUUAGUCAAUCAUGACGCCUCUUUGGCCACAAUCACACCUUAUGCCGCCUCCCCCCAGCCUCCUCUUCCUGUGGCUGAACCAGCUCCCCAGAUACCGGAAGUUACAGACACAGCCAAAGCAUCCCAACCACCAGGAACUGAAGACAAACCAGACACAGACAAAGCCAGAAACAGCCCAGUGAGUGACAGUGUGUUGGUGUGUGUCGAGGCUCUGUCAGCAGUGAGUAUGAUUCUUCCUGAGGCCACGGUGCUCUCCACUGGUCAGAGACAGAGACAAGCCACAGACAGAGCAGUCUACCUGAAAACUCCUGCAGGGGUGAAGGAGGGGGCAUCUGUACCUUUCACCGUGGACAAGAAGGAAGAGGAGGAAGAACAUCUUUGUAAGGAGGCAGAAGCACAUCACAUUGGUACAGCCCCAUCCAACGCCCAUAUAGAAACUGUAGACAGUGAUUUGGUCCACUCUGACACCCCUCCAGAAAUUAAAGCUAGUGGUACAGUCCAAACUAGCUCAUCUACCCAAGCCAGAGACACUGAACCAGCCUGCCCGACUCAGAAUGACCCUAACUCCACUAAACCAGCCUCCCAGACUCAGAUUGACCCUAACCCCACAGGAUCAGAGAUGCAGCCUGGAGGCAGUGAGGACAGAGCUGCAGUUACCUCCGUCACUAGCGUUACUGUCACUGAGAGCGAGGGUGCCCUGCUUGCAUGCAAUACCCUGGUCACAUCACAAGGGGUGCUACUACUCCACUGACUGGGCCUGGGGAGGGUGUAGUGGAGGCAGGGG